CCCUGCUUUCGGUCUGUCUUUCAGGGUAAAGGUGGCAGUAAUGCUGACGCUGGCGAGCAAACUGAAGAGGGAUGACGGUCUCAAAGGGUCCCGGACAUCAGCCACAGCCUCUGACUCCACUCGGAGGGUUUCUGUGAGAGACAGGCUGCUUGUUAAAGAGGUUGCAGAACUUGAAGCUAAUUUACCUUGUACCUGUAAAGUGCAUUUUCCUGAUCCAAACAAGCUUCAUUGCUUUCAGCUAACUGUAACCCCAGAUGAGGGUUACUACCAGGGUGGAAAAUUUCAGUUUGAAACUGAAGUUCCUGAUGCGUACAACAUGGUGCCUCCCAAGGUGAAAUGCUUGACCAGGAUCUGGCACCCCAACAUCACAGAGACAGGCGAAAUAUGUCUAAGUUUACUGAGAGAACAUUCGAUUGACGGCACCGGCUGGGCUCCCACUAGGACGUUAAAGGAUGUUGUUUGGGGAUUAAACUCUUUGUUUACUGAUCUUUUGAAUUUUGAUGAUCCACUGAAUAUUGAAGCUGCAGAACAUCAUUUGCGGGACAAGGAGGACUUCCGGAAUAAAGUUGAAGACUACAUUAAGCGUUAUGCCAGAUGAUAGGAGGAGAAGACUGCAGGGCCGUGGACUGUGUGUUAGAAGUUUGUCUCCAGCUUAAACCAAGAGGGAGCCCUCUUCCCCAGUCCUCGCGCUCCCUCUCAGUCCCACUGGGUCGUCCGAGUCCUGUGACCAUGUUGUCCCGAGGAAGAACCUCUUCACGAUUGCCCAUUGUAGACGGAGAGUUCCGCAUAAAUACAGCAAGAAAAUGUGUUUGGGGUUCUAAAGAGUUGUCUGCUUACCUUAACAUGUUUACUUUUUGAAACUGUACUGUAUAGGCUGUUGAUGAGAAGUUGUAAUGAACUCAGAAUUGAGGUUCGAGCUUGCUUCUUCCCCUUGUACCCAAUAAGAUCACUUCCCUGCACAGGUGAUGCUAAUGAUGUGCUCAGUGUAGCUCGCAGAUUGGUGAUAAGAAACCCGCUACAAACUGAUUGGAUGCCAGUUCUCUUAGCUCCUCCACGAAUGUUGGCCCUGCCUAGGUGUCGUGAAGCUUCCCAGAAUGCAUAGAGUCAUUCACUGUAGAUCUCUUACUGAAAUGCGUAUUUUAUUUAAUGUAAGUAUAUUUUGGAACAGAUUUGUAAUUUGUACAAUUUAAUGCUUUAAUUAUUUUUUUCUAUUCUCAUUUAGUUUGUAUUUUCAUUGUAUAGAGCAGACAGAAAGAUGUUGGGUGAAGCAACUAUUGAAGAGAAAUACAAAGAAGAUAUGAAAGACACAUUA